AUGGCUUCGUCUAUCUCUGAGCAACUUCAGAUUCGCUCCAAUACCUACAAAGAAGACCAAGAAUAUCGAGCAGACGAUUCCGAGCCAUGUGAACGAUCCGAGAACAUCAUUUUUCACGCAGACGGAUUGAAGUGGCAUGUGAAAGUGACUUUCAAGGCCAAAAUUGGCAUCGAAAAAAGAUGUGGUCUCCGUAUGAGAAGGGAGAAGCUUGACGCUCUAAUCCGCCUUAUCGACUUUCGUUCCGUUCCUCUGCUCCCAGAUACGGUCAGUGAACUCGUGAUCGAAAGAGCAUCUUAUCCGCCGUGCUCUCCAAAGCUCCCAAUGAAACUACUAUCUCAACCCGACUACACCGAGCCAAGUGACACCCAUUGGGUCUACACAAUCCAAGAGGAUGCCUCACGAGUACAAUAUCCAAUUUAUAAUAUCGACUCAGGAUUAAAAACAAUGGCUGUCUCCGAGAUUGAAAAGAAGGAACAGAUCUCGAACAAUGUCUUUUUGGUCACGGCCACAUGGAACGGGAGAGAUGAGGAAUUUAUCUACAAGACAGUGGAACAUCCCUUCUACGAACAAAAUCACACAACUAUUUUCCAACAAGAGCUUCGCAAUAUCUUGCUACUUCGGGGUUGCCAGAACAUCGUUCAGCUGGUAGCUGUGGUGAAAUCACCAAGCCCGUUCAAAACAUCACCGUCAAGCGAAGGUGUUGAUGUUAUUCUUGGGAUGGUGUAA